CUGGGGCUGGCUCUGGCUCCCUGAGGACUGGGCUGCUCCCCCAUCUCCCUCCUUGCAGCACGUGGGGGCAGGCGCUUGGGUCACAGCCCCUCAGGCAGCCUUCAAACCCCACGCUCAGCAAAGCAUCCUGCCGAAACCUUGCAUCCCGCAGCUGGAGCCCACGGGAGACAGGGCGUAAAGCAGGUCCUGCAGCUGGGAUUUGGCUCCCUGCCUGUCAGUGGGCACGGAGCACCCCCUCCUCGGCUCGACUUCUUCUAAUGCCCUGAUUACUGAAGUGGAACGUCAGCCAGAAAAAUCUCUCAAGAUUGAGUCUUUUUGAGUAAAGCAGAGAUAAAAUGGCGUCAAUGUUGCUUAGUCGACAGCUGACCUGUUGCCUGCAGCAAAACUCCAGGCUGCUUGUAUUUGGACACAGAUAUAUCAGUCAAGCUGCAGCUAAAAUUGAUGUGGAUUUUGAUUAUGAUGGACCUCUAAUGAAGACAGAAGUUCCUGGACCACGAUCUAGAGAAUUAAUGAAGCAGCUGAAUGGAAUUCAGAAUGCAGAAGCUGUACACUUUUUUUGCAACUAUGAAGAGAGCCGAGGGAACUACCUAGUAGAUGUAGAUGGCAAUCGCAUGCUGGAUCUCUACUCUCAGAUUUCAUCCAUCCCAAUAGGUUACAGCCAUCCAUCUCUGAUAAAGCUUCUACAGCAGCCACAGAACCUGAGCACUUUUAUCAACAGACCUGCCCUAGGGAUUUUGCCUCCAGAGAACUUUGCGGAAAGACUGAAGGAAUCUUUGCUAUCAGUGGCUCCUAAGGGCCUGCCGCAGGUGAUCACCAUGUCGUGCGGAUCCUGCUCUAAUGAAAAUGCCUUUAAGGCAAUAUUUAUGUGGUACAGAAACAAAGAGAGGGGCCAUAAUAACGUCACACAAGAGGAACUGGAGUCUUGCAUGAUUAACCAGCCCCCCGGCUGCCCCGACUACGCCAUGCUCUCCUUCAUGGGCGGCUUCCACGGCAGGACCCUGGGUUGCUUAGCUACAACUCACUCAAAAGCAAUUCACAAACUGGACAUUCCAUCGCUGGACUGGCCUAUUGCUCCAUUUCCAAGGCUAAAGUAUCCUCUGGAAGACUUUGUGAAAGAGAAUCAACAGGAAGAAGCCCGCUGUUUAGAGGAGGUGGAAGAUCUGAUUGUAAAGUACAGGAAAAAGAAGAAGAUUGUGGCUGGAAUCAUUGUAGAACCAAUACAGUCAGAGGGUGGGGACAAUCAUGCUUCAGAUGACUUCUUCAGAAAGCUGCGAGAUAUUGCCAGAAAGCACGGCUGCGCCUUCCUGGUGGACGAGGUGCAGACGGGGGGCGGCUGCACGGGCAAGUUCUGGGCACAUGAACACUGGGGCCUGGAUGACCCAGCCGACGUGGUCACGUUCAGCAAGAAGAUGAUGACAGGAGGAUUCUUCCACAAAGAAGAGUUCAGGCCAAACGCUCCCUAUCGGAUUUUUAACACCUGGCUUGGAGAUCCAUCCAAGAACCUCAUGCUCGCUGAAGUCAUUAAGGUUAUUAAAAGAGAAGACCUUCUGAACAACGCAACCCACGCUGGGAAAGCACUACUGACUGGGCUGCUGGAUUUACAGGCUCGUUACCCCCAUCUUAUCAGCAGAGUGAGAGGAAGAGGCACCUUCUGUUCGUUUGACACUCCAAACGAUGCAACUAGGAACAAGUUAAUUACAAUAGCCAGGAACAAAGGUGUUGUGCUGGGAGGCUGUGGUGACAGAUCCAUUCGUUUCCGUCCAACGCUGAUCUUCAAGGAUCACCAUGCGCACCUCUUCCUGAACAUUUUCAGUGACAUCUUAGCAAACUUCAAGUAAAAAGCAGUUCCCUUGCACUGAACACCUGAUUAUGAAAUUAGUUUGCAUUAAUUCAUGUCUUCUCUACUCACAAGAUAAGUGUAAAGUCAUAACCUAAGGUUUGUGUUCUGUCUGUAAUCCUGCCCAAGGCGAGCUGCUCCAUCCAACCCAGCCCAGGCAGAGCACUGGUACUGGUCACCAGCAGGUACAUCCAGCUGUCCCACUGUGCACCGGUAGAACCUGUGGCCCUCCGUCUCCUGGCUCGGGUCAUAUCAAUUGCAGAGCCCUCUCUCCUUCCACAGCCCUGUCUGAUGGUCUGUGACCUGGCACAGUCCACGUCCCGGUGAGCCUGGCAGAUUCACUCUCGCCUCCGGAAGCGGCACCGAGUGGCGUAGCCCCGAGCCACGCGCCUGCCAGACAGAACCUGCCAUUCUCCCAUGGCAGCUGCAAUAAAAGAGGUGUUUCAAGGAAAGCGCUGCUUUCCACCACUGCCAAGUACAGUAUUUUCCAGAAUAAUUUCCCCCCCUGAACACAGAUGUUGCCGCUGGCCCAGGAUGCCGUCGGCUCCUCUGUGCCCCCCCCUCAGCCUGCACGUUCCGCUUCGCGGGCACCGCUGCUCUCGGCCACGCCUGCAGUGCUCCCAGGGGAACUAAGGGACUUGUACUUUUUUCCCUCAUCCUGGAUUUUAAAACUUUUCACUUCUCUUACAAUCAAACUUGUACAGAGAAAACUAUACCCUAAAGUAUAUAAUUUGACAAAGCUUAGAGAGCCGUAUGAAGCGCACUAUUUCCUCCUCUCAGCAAUCUAGAGUGAUUUGAGAUGAUUUUACCAUUUGCCGAUAACAACAAUAGCCAUUAAAUUAAUCUGUAACAAGUUCUACAUGAAUACUUGAGGUAUUUUGUAAAACUACAGCAGAACUGCUUGACCUUAGCCAUUACCUGACAUCAGAGCCACUACAGCGAAGGCCUAGUCCUAACUGCACACUUAUAAUGCAAAGGAAUUCUAUUUUUGUUUUAAUAGUGAAUUCUAAGUCAUUGAUACUUCAGUGAGCUUCUAGAAAGCCACAGGAUCAAAAAGUGUCAACACUUCAUUAACGUGUUUCUCUUCAGAGAAUCGUUUCAGAUGUUUCUUUGCUCUUUGCUUCAGGCUGACUUGAACUAGGUCCGGUGCCUUUUUUCCUUUCCCUUGGCGAGCCAGCAGCUGGGAUUUACUUACUAAGUUUAACUUUCUGUUCUGCACCAAAAAACAGGGACCACAGCAGACUUUACAGUUGCCCUAUUAGGAUUUGACCACAAUUUUUAAGUAUGUAAUAAAAGAGAGUUAAAAGAUUUACAUGUUUAGUACAGCUACCAAAACGUGAAGGGUUUCUUACCUGCUUUGAGAAGUGCUAAUCAUGGUUUUCCCAUUUCAUUUUUCAAGUGCUGGUACUGGGGGAAACUCAAGCACACACUCGCUUCUGCUGGCUUAAAAACAACAGGAUUUCUGUAAACCUCUCUGCAGAAACCAGAAUUCUGGUACCGGCUGGUCAGAACCUGAGCAGGUUUUUGAGCAGAGGUUGUAGAAAUCGGGGGGAAGGAGCGGUGAAUUGGUGUUCAACAAAACCUCAUCCUCAUCGCUGUCCUCGCGCGCGUAUUAUCAGCACGAGGCAACUCCAACCCAGACCUCUAUCUGACAGCAUUUUGGGACUUAGUCUGUUCAACAUAUCAGUGCCGUAGUUUUAGUAAAUGUCUCUAGCAAGUCUUGUACUUUUACAGAAGCAAAGGUCCAGUAAUUUGAAGUCUUACCACAUCUUCACUUUUAUUAUGAAUACUCUAGGUGUUUUUAUAAUUUUUACUGACACUCAGUAACUGUAUAAUUGUGUACAAGAUGUUGAUGAAAUCAUGUUAGAGAAUACAUAGAAAGCACUGCAGCUGAAGCAUAUAAAGUUAAUAUUGUUUACAGCAUACUGUGGACAGUGCCAAAUAAAUGUUUAAGCAAAUACUGAACUACACUUCAUGGUGUAACUAGUAACUGUACACAGACUCAUAAAAAACGACAUCUCAUGUGUAAUCAGUAUUCUUAAAUAAAAUAUUUAUAAUUGAA